AUCACUGCCUUUGACAAACCCAACCUGAAGGGGAGCAAGCAGAGAGAACGAAGAGUCUAGAGAGAGAGAGAGAGAGAUGAGCUUGACCUCAACAGCAGGGUACGUCGCUCGGAGAGCAGCGCAGAAGGAGAGGGUUCGGAUCCUGUACAGGCAAGCUCUCAAGGACAAGCUCAACUGGGCCGUCCAUCGCCACAUCUUCUACCAAGAUGCUUCAGAGCUCCGCGAGCGUUUUGACGCCAACAAACACGUGGAAGACCCUGACACAAUUGAUAGACUGAUAGCUGAUGGUGAAGCUAGCUACAAUAAGUGGCGGCACCCUGAUCCUUAUAUUGUUCCUUGGGCUCCUGGUGGUUCCAAGUUCACUCGAAACCCAAUUCCACCAUCUGGGAUUGAGAUAGUGUACAACUAUGGUCGAGAAGAUAAUGACUGAACCUUCUUCCUUUUUAUGGCAAUGAAUAAAGAUUGAGAAGAUCAAUGACUGAUGAUGAUGAUCAAGGCUGGUGGUGUCUUUGAUGUGUUUCUUGUGUGAUGCCAGAUGGUGGCUUUGAACUAUGAAUGCUUUUGAGAUAUGUUCAGUUGCUCAUUAAUGUGUACUUGGUUUUCCCUUGAAAUGGGUCAUUGAAAGAACCAAAGUGUUAGCUUAACAUGCUACAUAAUUGCAACUUCAGCAUAACUUGUUUAAUGAACAACUCUAUUCAUUC